GUCAGCGCAGCCAGGGAUGAGAAACUUGUCCCGGAUAUUUACCUAACUAUACCUGGCUCUUCCGACGCGCCCCGUGCUGAGGUUUUCACUGAGGACACUUUGAGGAGUAUGAACCGUCUCUGAAGAGGGAACACUGAGAAAACAGUGUGGUAGACAGGCCGACCUGGAUCCAUUAAUCUUUACCUGGAAGCCACGACAGGACACAUGUCUCCUCUCGGUGACGAUCUGAGGGCAGGGUGUUUAUCUUGAGAGGGAGGCAGAGUUACCGUGGUAACAGACAUGCCAAAACCGGACCUGCUCUGCCUAGUUCAGCUGCUGGACGGCACAAUCGAGACCUUCAGAGUCAGCAAGCAGGAUGAAGGUGUGGUUCUGUUGGACCAAGUUUGUGACCACCUGGGCCUGCAAGAGAGGCAGCUCUUCAGUCUGCAGAUCAGAGAAUCCAGCACAGCCAUCGCCUCGAUCACAGCCAACACACACUCUCCUAGAUGGUUGGAGCCUGAGAAACCCUUAAAGAAGCAGAUAAAAGGUCUUAUUUCUCCCUUUUAUCUGAACUUCAGAGUGCGAUUCUUCAUCUCUGAUCCCAACUCCCUGCAGCAUGAACAGACAAGGCACCUCUACUUCCUCCAGAUCAGGAGUGACAUUAGAGAAGGGCGGUUGCAGUGCCCUCUUAGUGCAGCUGUAGUGUUGGCCUCUUAUGCUGUGCAAUCUGAGAUGGGGGAUCACUGUCCGUCCCGCCUUCCUGGCUACCUCUCUAAGUGCCACUUCAUUCCUCAGCAGGAUGAAGACUUUCUCUCUAAAGUGGAGGAUCUGCAUCCACAGCACAAGGGGCUGAAGCAGAGCGAGGCAGAGCUGUGUUUCCUCAACACAGCACGAACGCUGGAUUUGUAUGGAGUGGAGCUGCAUGCUGCCAUGGACCCAAAUAAUGCCCCUCUGAUGGUGGGUUUGGCCUCCAGCGGUGUUGCCGUGUUCUGUAAUAUGAUUUGCUCCAGUUUCUUCCCCUGGGGGAACAUCAUAAAGAUUUCUUUUAAGAGGAAGCGUUUUGUUAUUCAUCUUAAAAGAAAACAUGGGGAGACCCAGGACUGUGAGGUGUCCCUCCUUCUGCCCUGUCCCAAAACAUGCAAAAACCUGUGGAGGUCCUGUGUGGACCAUCACUCCUUCUUUUGCUCCAGCCGAACUGCCAGGAGCCCCAGACAAAACAACAACACAGUUCAAUCCUACAGAAAGUUGAUCACCCAACACCUGGGCCUUGGCAACAGUAAAACUGAGAGUGGUGCAGUGUGCCAGAGAGUGGUGGGAGGGAUGGUUUGGAACCCAGUCCUGCGGAGGUCAGUUUCAUCAGAGCAUCUCGAAACGAAGAGUCUGCCAUCCAGAUCGCCCCCAUCCACCCCUAACUGGCGAAGUCCUCGGGUUCGCCACGGCAUCCGUAAACCUCGCCCAUCCUCGGUUGAAUUGAGCAGUGACCUGAAAGACAUGUCAGAGGGAGAGGAUGUUUUUUACACGUACAGGGCGUCUGUGAGCAGCAGCAAGGACAGUGAAGGAGACUGUUCACCACACAACCAUGGACCAGACGAUUCUCUGUUGCACACUGAUGAAAGUAUAGAAGAGGAGGGCGGUGACCACAGCCCACAAAUUUAUGACAAGGGUGCCCUAGGCGACGGUGACUUGAUGCUAGUUUGUAUUACGCCUGAUCAUGAGGGCAAGUUUGGCUUCAAUGUGAAAGGUGGGGUGGAUCAGAAGAUGCCUCUAGCUAUAUCCCAUGUUAAACCUGACUCUCCGGCGGGACGAAGUGAGCCCAAACUCCUGGAGGGAGACCUAGUGGUGCUCAUCAACGGUCGAGACAUUUCUGAACACACACAUGACCAGGUCGUCAUGUUCAUAAGAGCCAGCAGAGAGUCGCACUCCAGAGAGCUGGCCUUGCUUAUCAGACGUAAAGGUCCUGGUCGGGUGGCGCCCUUUUUGCAGUUGCCUCCCGCCCUCACGCUUACUGGCCAAUCACAGGGAGACAAGUCCCCCACGUCUGGCCAGUUGGAGCGGGUCACGACACUGGAGGAAUCCAUGAGACAGCUGGAGAGAGGCAUACAGUCAGGCACACUUUGCUUCCACUUUGAGAAUUUAUACAGGAGGAAGCCUGGUCUGUCUCUAAGCUGUGCCCGUCUCCCUGAAAACAUGGACAAGAAUCGUUAUAAGGAUGUUUUACCCUACGAUGCCACCAGAGUGGUACUGAAGGGCCAAGAGGACUACAUCAAUGCCAGCCACAUCACGGUGGCGCCCCCAGAGUCUGGUGUGUGUUUACGUUAUGUUGCAGCUCAGGGUCCAUUACCACAGACCUGUACUCACUUUUGGCAGACGGUUUGGGAACAGCAGACACAUACAAUCAUCAUGCUAACAACUCUGACAGAGAGGGGACGGACCAAAUGCCACCAGUACUGGCCACAUCCGCCAGAAGUGAAGGACUAUGGGUGCAUGCAAGUGAAGUGUCACUCAGAGGAGUGCAACCUGGCGUACGUGACGCGACAGUUCACUUUGACACAUACACAGCUGGGUGAAGAACGUGCAGUCACACACCUGCAGUAUGUCGCGUGGCCGGACCACGGCGUACCCGAUGAUCCUUCAGAUUUCCUGCUGUUCAUCAGCUCAGUGAGGGAGAGGAGGAGAGGUGAAGAACCACUAAUGGUACACUGCAGCGCUGGAAUUGGGCGAACAGGUGUUCUUAUCACCAUGGAAACGGGACUUAAUCUGCUGGACGAGCGUCGCCCUGUGUUUCCACUGGACAUCGUCAAAACACUGAGAGACCAGAGAGCCAUGAUGGUUCAGACCACGAGUCAGUUCCAGUUUGUCUGUGAGGCCAUUCUCCGGGUCUACAAAGAGAAACAGGGCGGAUCUGCUGCAUCGUAACCCAAAUCAGCACCAGGACUGGAACAGACGUUCUCACCAUAUCUGCCUCAUGUCAUUGCCAGUGACUUCCACAGAGGGACUGCUACAGAUUAACCUCUGUCAACACCCGUGGGACUCUAACACAGACUGGAUAGUGAGAGUAUAACUAGCUUCACCGCAUAGCUGUCUGCGAUCUUUGCAGCCUUGAUUCAAUGGGAGAGUAUGAAUUUGUCACCUUGUCGGCCUUUGUUUUAAAUGAUGCUUUGAGCGUACAGUCUCCAUAGAGACUGAUGUGAGCUGCUAAUUUCUGUCGAGGAGGCCACAGGAAUGUUGCCUCUAUCAAGCUACAAGUGCCUUAGACUGACACCUUGAAAGCAGACUGGCACAGGCAGACGACCAGGAUAGUUAUAAUCUCCAGUUUAACUGUCAAAGGAUGGAAAGCAAGCUGACUUAAAAUCUCUACAAAUACUAUAAGGUUGUGUUGAUGCAGCCUGAGAAGCAUCAAACCCUCUUUUCAACACUCUUAAAUUAUUAAGACACUAAAUAAACACUGAUUUAUACUGAUGUGUCUGCCUGUGUCAUUUCUUCUGAUGUUAAACAUUUUAAGAUAAAUCAUUAAAUGGGUAUUUGUCUCUUUAUGUUAAAACUGUCGGCUGUCCCAGAGGCAAUUCAAGCCCCUUUCACACUUCCUUGCAGAGUGAGGCUGCUCACUGAAGUGAGAGUAGUCUGCUGAUUUAACCUUUAGCUGAGUGCUUCUUAAGCUGGCAACAUAUCACU